UGAUUGUGAAACUAUUCACAUAGCCACAGUCUCACACUGUGAGAUCAAUACUUUUAUCGGUACUACAUACACACUACAUUUGUUCCUCAGGAAGUCCAGGUUUGCUUUCUAGGUUUCUCCCUUGGUUCGCGACCUCAGCCAGUGACAGUGACAUCACUGAUAACAUGGAGCCGCUUAAUGUUUAGCCCAAGAUCCACACAUACACACACACACACACACACACACACACACACACACACAUAGGGAAGCAGAGGGAUUACAAAAGCACAGUAACCCAUAUGCUGCCUAGUGAUGGAGGCGAGAAAGCUAAAUGCGAGGAGAACACAAGGUAGUAAUGACCAAGGGACUGGUGUAGAAGAUGGAGCCACAGCAGCAUCACAUGGGAGUGUCUCAAGUCGUCCUUUCUCUGCUGCAGCUCGUCUCUAUGUGUACGCACUGCAUGGCUGCCUCUGUGAGGUGGCCUUCACUGCUGUUUGGGACUGGUGCAGCACCCAGGACAGGAGGCUGGCAGGUCACAGCAGCCUGUGGGCGCUGCCUAUGUACGCCAUCGCUAUCUACCUCCUAGAGAUCCUGAGUGCCCGGCUGCUGGCUCAGCAUCUCCCACUGCCAGUGCGUCUGACGGCCUACACCGUGUUCAUCUACCUAUGGGAAUUCAGCUGGGGGGCGGGGCUGAGGCUGCUGGGGGCCUGUCCCUGGGACUACUCUGGUUAUAGGUACAACCUGGGGGGACUGGUGACUCUGGAGUAUGCACUGCCCUGGACUGUGGCAGCAUUUAUAGCUGAGCAACAUGUGAUCAGGAACACUCUGAGGAUAAGACUGGCACAGCUGAACUGAUAUCAAUCUGGAAAACUGGGCUUCCAAAAGCGAAGCAUUUAUGGACAUUGUUUUUAAGAACAACACCACACUAUUGUGAGUUUUUGACAUUUUGAUGUUAAAAUGUUGGUGCAUAUGGAUCUCACUGAGCCGUGUCAUUAAAUCUGACAACUUUUUCAGUUAAA